CAAUAGUCAUCUUCAUCUUCAUGGAAAUUAAAUCAUAAUAGGGAUCGUAGUCUUCGUCGGAGGAGUCUAAAUAUCUACCUAGGGCGUAGCCGGCGUGCUCAUCGAAAUAAUCUGAACCACUUUGAACAGGUGAAUUUUCAAUAAUUCUAACGCGUGGCCCAGCAUGCUCUUUUAAAGCCUCACAAUCAGAACAUUCACAUCGAGGCUUACAGUAAAUUAUGGAGUCGAUUGCCUGAAAGUUGCACAAAGCUUUGAGAACAUCAUCGUUAUCUGGAUGAUUCCCGUAAUGUUCUAAGUCGAUAUCAAUAGGUUUUUCGAUAUAACUCGCUAUACAUCUCAAAUAAGCAACAGCAGUGUCCUUGUUCUCGAAGAGCGUUCUUGUACAAUUCCUAUUACCACCAUCUUCAAUACACUGAUAAAUCUCAACACAGUCGGCGAGGUCUUCCACCCCAACGCUGACAGUCUUGGACAAGUAACGAAGAACAGCCCGAUUGAAGGCUCUGCAGACACCCCUUAUUCUCAUCCAAUGCGUGUACGGACCCUCGUGAUACCAUUCCUGGGCAAGGUGCUCAAGAAUCAUGAUUGCUACAUCUUCGUUAACUUGGAGGCCACAGGAGCUCAUCGGAUCACAACAGUGCGUACAUUCAAUUCCACGCAAACACUGAAGGUAGCAACAUUGCAUGCCAUUGCUAUUAGAAGCAAAACGAAGAAUCGGAAUGACUAG